GAGGCGGCGGCCCGCCGCCAGUGGAGGACCAGGCCACUCAGGAAAGAAAGGGGUCAGGAGGUCGGGCCGAGCGUCCCAGGCUCAGCCCCUGCGCCAGGGAGCCGCAGGCGCCGGCCGGCCAGGGCCCGGCCUGGUGCUCUUGUCCGAAGCUCAACUGGAGUAGGGAAAGUGACCGCGAGCCAGCCACCAGGGCCCGGCCCACACGCCCACAGCCACGUUAGGGCUAGGGGCCAAGACCUUUAGGGGUCUCAGGGUUUAAGAAGGGCAGGGGGCUUCAGGCGCUCCCAGCUCCCGACCGGCGAUUGGCGCCUUAAACGCUUGUAGAUCCGAGGUUGGAUUGGGGUGGGGUCUCUGGGACGGCGGAUUGCCACGCCUGGAUUGGGGGAUUAAGCGCUUAGAGAUCGAAAUCAGGUCUUGGGUAGGGGGACUCAGACAAUUGGAAAGCCUAGGUGGUUAUUUGGGGAGGGGUCUUUGCGCUUUGGAGGAGCGCAAAGCUGCGCCUGUUGGGUUUUGAGGCCUGGGGCCUCGUCGAGAGAGGCAUCUGUGAAAGGGGGAACCAGCUAGGCCAGACUAAGAAAGAAAGUGAAUACAGCAGGAAUCUAGGGGGGGGGACCCUAAGAGGGGGGUCACACAGGUUGAGACAUGGCCACCAGGCGUUUAACCGACGCUUUCUUGUUGUUGCGGAAUAAUUCCAUCCAAAACCGGCAGCUGUUAGCCGAGCAAGUGAGUAGUCACACCACCUCCAGCCCUCUGCAUUCACGUAGCCUUGCCGCGGAGCUGGAUGAGCUUGCUGAUGACCGAAUGGCCCUGGUAUCAGGCCUCAGCUUAGACCCAGAAGCAGCAAUCGGUGUGACAAAACGCUCCCCACCCAAGUGGGUGGAUGGAGUGGAUGAGAUACAAUAUGAUGUCGGGCGAAUUAAGCAGAAGAUGAAGGAGCUAGCCAGUCUGCACGACAAGCAUUUGAACAGACCCACCCUGGAUGACAGCAGCGCCGAGGAGCGCGCCAUCGAGAUAGCCACGCAGGAGAUCACGCAGCUCUUCCACAGGUGCCAGCGCGCGGUGCGGGCACUGCCCAGCCGGGCCCGCCGGGCGCGCACGGAGCAGGAGGAGCGGCUGCUGCGCAACGUGGUGGCCUCACUGGCGCAGGCGCUGCAGGAGCUCUCCACCGGCUUCCGGCACGCGCAGUCGGGCUACCUGAAACGCAUGAAGAACCGGGAGGAAAGAGCGCAGCAUUUUUUUGAUACAUCAGUACCACUAAUGGAUGAUGGAGGCGAUAAUACUCUGUACGACCGGGGCUUCACAGAGGACCAGCUGGUACUGGUGGAACAGAACACUCUGAUGGUGGAAGAGCGGGAGCGGGAGAUCCGCCAGAUCGUGCAGUCCAUUUCUGACCUGAAUGAGAUCUUUAGGGACUUAGGAGCCAUGAUUGUAGAGCAGGGUACAGUCCUUGAUAGAAUCGACUAUAACGUUGAACAGUCCUGUGUUAAAACUGAAGAUGGCUUGAAACAGCUUCACAAGUUUCAGGGUGCUGCUUGCUGUUGGUCUGUGGUGCCCAGGGCUUCUCCUGCAGAAGGGAACUGCACCCUGGGGCAGACCACUCCUCUGAGGGGGGCUGAGAGGUGCUCCCUGAUUGUUCCUCAUUGUGGUGCUCCCGCUGCUGCCUACUCCCCUGUAAAGCGGGGCCUCCCGCUCUGGGCUGGUGGGCAUAGAGAUGAAGCUGAGUCACCAGUCAGAAGGCUGGUGGGUCACAAAAGAGGACAGACGAGGCUGAUGUUCCCGGCAGGCAUCCUCCUCCGGAACCCCCCAGAAGCUCUGCUGUCGUUCAAGGGUCUGUGUCUAUCUGGUGAACACUUGUUCCCAGGCACAGGGCUCUUCCUGAGAAGCCUGGGUGGGGAGAGCAGAUGCCCCUGGGUCUUUGGCAUCUCUUUGCUUUGUCCCAGCAGUGAGGCCAGCAUGUCGCUGGUGGAGCCCUGCGCGGUGCCAAUGGUUCACUCUGAGGGAGGCUUGGUGUUUUGGUAGUGUGGCCUGGCCCCAGCAGAGACGCCAGUCCCUGCAGAAGGCCAGUGCCUCGUGCUAGACACCGGAGGUGGCUUGGGGUUCUCGGAAAGUGACUGCG